GGCGGCGGCGGCGGCGGCGGCUCGGGGAGCGGGCUGCGGGAGCUAGGUUACCGACAUGGACGUCUCGGGGCAGGAGACCGAUUGGCGUAGCGCCGCCUUUCGGCAGAAGCUGGUCAGUCAAAUUGAGGAUGCCAUGAGGAAAGCUGGUGUGGCCCACAAUAAAACUAGCAAGGAUAUGGAGAGCCAUGUGUUCCUGAAGGCCAAGACCCGGGAUGAAUAUCUUUCCCUUGUGGCCAGACUCAUCAUCCAUUUUCGAGAUAUUCACAACAAGAAAUCUCAAGCUUCUGUCAGUGACCCCAUGAAUGCACUGCAGAGCCUGACUGGUGGACCUGCCACAGGAGCAGCUGGCCUCAGCAUGCCUCCUCGGGGCCCAGGACAGUCCCUGGGUGGGAUGGGUGGUCUCGGUGCCAUGGGGCAACCAAUGCCCCUCUCUGGACAGCCACCUCCUGGGCCAUCUGGCAUGGCCCCCCAUGGCAUGGCUGUUGUGUCUACUGCAACUCCACAGACUCAGCUGCAGCUCCAGCAGGUGGCACUGCAACAACAGCAGCAGCAGCAACAGCAGCAGCAGCAGCAGCAGUUUCAGCAGCAGCAGGCAGCGCUGCAGCAGCAGCAGCAGUUCCAGGCCCAGCAAAGUGCCAUGCAGCAACAGUUUCAAGCAGUGGUGCAGCAGCAGCAGCUUCAGCAGCAACAGCAGCAGCAGCAGCAACAGCAGCACCUGAUUAAGCUGCAUCAUCAAAACCAGCAGCAGAUACAGCAGCAACAGCAGCAGCUCCAGAGAAUGGCACAGUUGCAGCUGCAGCAGCAGCAACAGGCUUUGCAGGCUCAGCCACCGAUACAGCAGCCACCAAUGCAGCAACCACAACCUCCCCCCUCCCAGGCUUUGCCCCAGCAGCUGCCACAGAUGCAUCACCCACAACACCACCAGCCACCACCGCAGGCUCAGCAGCCUCCAGUUGCUCAGAACCAACCACCACAACUUCAGCAGUCCCAGAGCCAGCCUUUGGUAUCACAGGCUCAAGCCCUCCCUGGACAGAUGUUGUAUGCUGCCCAGCAGCAGCUGAAAUUUGUCCGAGCACCGAUGGUGGUCCAGCAGCCGCAGGGGCAGCCCCAGGGGCAGCAGCAGACAGCAGUGCAGACAGCGCAGGCUGCCCAGAUGGUAGCUCCUGGUGUGCAGAUGAUUGCUGAAGCCUUGGCCCAAGGCGGGAUGCACAUAAGAGCCCGGUUCCCGCCCACCUCCACCAUGUCUGCUGGUCCAUCGAGCUCCAUCUCUUUGGGCGGACAGCCCACAGCACAGGUCAGCCAGAGCAGCCUCACCAUGCUGUCCUCACCAUCACCAGGCCAGCAGGUUCAGACCCCUCAGUCGAUGCCCCCUCCCCCGCAGCCAUCCCCACAGCCUGGCUCUCAGCCCAACUCCAAUGUCAGCUCCGGCCCCGCCCCGUCCCCUAGCAGCUUCCUGCCUAGCCCCUCACCGCAGCCUUCCCAGAGCCCAGUGACAGCACGCACCCCACAGAACUUCAGCGUCCCCUCCCCUGGACCUUUAAACACCCCUGUGAACCCCAAUUCUGUCAUGAGCCCCGCUGGCUCGAGUCAGGCUGAGGAGCAGCAGUACCUGGACAAGCUGAAGCAGUUGUCCAAGUACAUUGAGCCCCUGCGUCGCAUGAUCAACAAGAUUGACAAGAACGAAGAUAGAAAAAAGGACCUAAGUAAGAUGAAGAGCCUGCUGGACAUUCUCACUGACCCUUCUAAGCGGUGUCCCCUGAAGACUCUACAGAAGUGUGAGAUCGCUCUGGAGAAACUCAAGAACGACAUGGCAGUGCCCACACCCCCACCACCCCCAGUUCUCACAACCAAGCAGCAGGACCUUUGUCAGCCACUCCUGGAUGCCAUCCUAGCCAACAUUCGCUCACCGGUCUUCAACCAUUCCCUGUACCGCACGUUCGUGCCAGCCAUGACGGCCAUCCAUGGCCCACCCAUUGUGGCCCCAGUGGUGUGGCCUCGGAAGCGCAGGUUUGAGGAGGAUGAGCGGCAGAGCAUCCCCAAUGUGCUACAAGGGGAGGUGGCCAGGUUGGACCCCAAGUUCCUGGUGAACUUGGACCCUUCUCACUGUAGCAACAACGGCACUGUCCACCUGAUCUGCAAGCUGGAUGACAAGGACCUCCCGAGUGUGCCUCCACUGGAGCUUAGUGUGCCAGCGGACUACCCUGCCCAGAGCCCACUGUGGAUUGACCGACAGUGGCAGUAUGAUGCCAACCCCUUUCUGCAGUCGGUGCGCCAGCGCAUGACCUCCAGGCUGUUGCAGCUCCCCGACAAGCACUCGGUCACAGCCCUGCUCAACACCUGGGCCCAGAGCGUCCACCAGGCCUGCCUCUCAGCCGCCUAGCCUACUUGAACUUCAGGACCCGCAGCCUGCUGGGCUGUAGACCCCACGUUGCCUACUGGACAUGUCUAGGUGUUGGCUAUAGAGGGCCUGGGUUAGGUUUAGCUGUCCUGCUUUUACCUUCUGCCUUGGGGAAUUGACAGACAUCUCUCCACACAUGAGCAGUGCUGCCCAGAGGGCUGUGGGGCUGACUGCACUGCGUGGGUGUCCGGGGCAUUCCCAGGGUUUCUGCUGGCUUCCUCCGGAAGUCAGGUCCUGGGCUGUACUCCCUGCAGCCUCUGCACUUGUGUCCACUCAGCAGCGUGAGAACUCAGGGUCCCAUUGAAGCAUCUGUGGGUGUAUUAGGAUACUUCGUACUCGUGUCUAGGAGAAUCUGGACGACAUAGGAAUCCCUCAGUACACAUAAUCCUCCAGUGUGGGUUCUGGCUAGGCUACUUGAGGCAUGCGGGGCACAUCCUAGGGAUGCUCCCAGCUCCGGGCAGUCUCCAGUUUGGAGGGAGGACCAGCCUGCAGGCAAAUCUGUUGCCACCAGCCAGGCACCAACCUCAUGAACCUCCUGAUCCGUGCUGUAGGAAUAGGGCCAUCCAAGGGCCUGUCCGUGCCAUUCCUGUGCCACUCAGGUCUAAAGUGCUGUUACUUCUGGGAGAGAUGGAGUGACCAGCCAAGCAUUGUUAUUGGAACCUGGCUUAUCAGAACACAUUCUCUCCACCACUCCCAAGGAAGUGUGGGCUUUCUUCAGGAUGCUUCACAUGGCACCUCCAUGGGUCACCUCCCACACUAGCCCUCUGGUGACAAGUUUCCCCUUUUUAUAUGUGCACUACCCUAUCAUACGUGGUUCUUAUAAUAAAUUUAAUAUUCCUGUG